AUGGUAAUCAGUUUUUUAACCUAUCGUUUAUUAUCUAUUCUUAUUGGUAUUCUUUAUCCAUCAUAUCAAACAUAUAAAUCUAUAAAAUAUCAAUAUUAUGAUCAAUAUCAAUCAUUAUUAUGUUAUUGGAUAUUAUACAGUUUAUUUCAAAGUUUUGAAUUUAUUUUUGAUCAAAUAUUUUCAUUAAUUUUACCAUUUUAUUAUGAAUUAAAAUUAAUAUUUAUUUUUUGGUUAACUUAUAAAAAUAUUUCACAAUUAUUAUUUUAUCAUUUUAUUUUAAUUUAUUUAAAUAAAUAUGAAAAUGAUAUUGAUUAUUUAUUUAAUAAUACAAUACAUCGUUUAACAGAAAUAUUUUGUAAAUUUGUCGUUAUAAUACUUAAUCAACAACGAACAAAUAAUCAAUUAAAUCAACAAAAUGAACAUAUUCGAGUAAAAACAAAUUUUGCUUCACAAUAUCGAAAAUUAAAUUCUAUUCAACGAUCAUAA